CAUCUCUCAAAAAAAAAAAAAAAAAAAAAAAAAAGGUCAAGAAGAGGAGGUUGACCAUGCCAGUGCCAUGUUGUAAAAGCCAAGGAAAAAGAACUUCAAGAGGAGGAAGCCACCAGGGUCCCCGCCUCCCAGAAGGCACAGAGAUGGAGGCUGAGUCUGCCCCUUGGUUUUGAUUUAUUUAUUUAUUUAUAUUUAUUUUUUGAGACAGAGUCUCGCUCUGUCACCCAGGCUGGAGUGCAAUGGCACGAUCUUGGCUCGCUGCAAGCUCCGCCUCUCAGGUUCACACCAUUCUCUGCCUCAGCCUCCCGAGUAGCUGGGACUACAGGCGCCUGCCACCACUCUCGGCUAAUUUUUUGUAGUUUUAGUAGAGACGGGGUUUCACUGUGUUAGCCAGGAUGGUCUUGAUCUCCUGACCUCGUGAUCCACCCGCCUUGGCCUCCCAAAGUGCUGGGAUUACGGGCGUGAGCCACCAUGCCUGGCUAUUUAUUUUUUUUGAAAUGGAGUCUCGCUCUGUCGCCAAAGCCAGAGAGCACUGGCACAAUCUCAGCUCACUGCAACCUCCACCUCCCAAAUUCAAGCAAUUCUCCUGCCUCAGCCUCCCACGUAGCUGGGAUUACAGGUGCCCACCACCACGCCUGGCUAAUUUUUGUAUUUUUAGUAGAGACAGGGUUUCGCUAUGUUGGCCAUGCUGGUCUUGAACUCCUGACCUCAGUGAUUCAUCCACCUCGGCCUCCCAAAGUGCUGGGAUUACAGGCAUGAGCCACUGCACCUGGCCAAACUGCCCCUUGGUUUUAGCCACAAUGUCUGUGUUGAUAAGGGCUGAUUCCAGAUCACAGUGACUAGAGAAGGGUGUGAGCAACGCAAGAGGUGGACAGUCUGAGAAAUGAAGUUGUAAUGGAGAGAUGAGAGAGGAAGAGUGACAGGAGGAUGUGGUGGAUUUAGGGUUUUUUUCUUUUUCUUUUUUUGAGAUGGAGUCUCGAUCUGUCACCUAGGCUGGAGUGCAGUGGCGCAAUCUCAGCUCACUGCAACCUCAGCCUCCUGGGUUCAAGUGAUUCUCCUGCCUCAGCCUCCUGAGUAGCUGGGACUACAGGUGCCCACCACCACACCCAGCUAAUUUUUGUAUUUUUAGUAGAGGCAGGGUUUCACCAUGUUGGCCAGGCUGGUCUCGAUCUCUUGACCUCCCAAAGUGCUGGGAUUACAGGCAUGAGCCACCGCACCCGGCUGGUAGAUUUAAGACAGCAGAGUCUUGAGCAAAUUUGGCUGCCAAAGGGAAGGACAUUGACCUUUAAAUUGUACUGAGUACUGAGAGUGAGGCAAGAGAUAUAGACAGGAGGGGUGGUAUGUAGAUGGUAGAGCCUUCCUUAGAGCAGGGGGUGGGUGGUGGGAACCCAGAACAUGGGGGAACCGGCCUGAGAUGGGAGAGGGAUAGUCCCUCCGCAAGUGCAGAGAAGGAGGGAGACUCAGGCAGUGGUGCACUGAUGAAUGUUUAAUAUCCAAAUCUAGGACAUGGGCUGGGUGGGGUAGCUCUGAUUCAUAGCAUUUGCUGAUAUCCACGGAGUUAAUACUCUGAUUGUGGUCAAUUUCAAGCACCAAUCUGACUUCACUGAAUACAGCGCUGGAUGGGGAUUCCAGCAAUCAGCUCUCACAGCUGGUCCAAGCCAGCUAGGAUUCAGAAACCCACAGUGAAGCCCGUGGCUAUAGGGUCACAACAGGGGCCAGCCAAGCAACACAACAGAGAUGGGCCAGGCAUAAAACAACAGGAGAGAAGGGACAGGGCUCAGCCAAUGGGACCCUGAGGGUUGCAGGCUCAGAUGGCUGGGUGUUCCCAUUCAUCUUUCCUUUUAUUUUUUUUGAGAGGGAGUCUAGCUCUGUCACCUAGGCUGGAGUGCAGUGGCAUGAUCUUGGCUCAGUACAACCUCUGCCUCCUGGGUUCAAGCGAUUCUCGUGUCUCAGCCUCCCCAGUAGCUGGGAUUACAAGCGCCUGCCACCACACCUGCCUAAUUUUUUUAUUUUUAGUAGAGAGGGGGUUUUGCCAUAUUGGCCAGGCUGGUCUCGAACUCCUGACCUCAAGUGAUCCACCCACCUCAGCCUCCCAAAGUACUGGGAUUACAGGUGUGAGCCACUGCACCCAGCCUCUCUGUUUCUGCUUGUUUUUUUCCUCUUUCUUUUCUCUCAUCUCUCCCUUCUCUGCCCUGGCAACUGGCUCAUCACAGAUGAGCAAGACAUAGAUCCUGCCCUUAAGGAGCUUGUGAACUGAUGGGGAAUCUUCUCAGGACUCAGUCUGCUGUCCGGAAAAGUGGGGGAAUACCUGCCACCAGCACCCCACCAAUGGGGCAGAGGCGGUGGGAAGUGCAGGGCGGCUCCUCAGACACUCAACAGGCAGGGACAGCAAGGGCAUUCCUGGCAAAGGAAGGGCACUGCCCAGCCAAAGGUGGUGAGGUGCGACAGCGAGCUGACCAGCUUGCUGGGGCUCAGACGCCAAGGGGUGUGGCUUGGAAGCCAGUGAAGCUGAAGCGAAAGCAGGGGCCUGGACCUCACCUGCCUCUGUAGGCCCAAUGAGGAGCUCAACGUUAUGGGAAGAUAGCCAGAAGCAAUUGAAGGGCUUAGGACAGAGGUGUGGCUUGGCCAGAUCUGUAUUUUAUUUUAUUGUAUUUAUUUAUUUAUUUAUUUUUUGAGAAAGAGUUUCACUCUUGUCCAGGCUGGAGUGCAAUGAUGCAAUCUCGAGUCACUGCAACCUCUGUCUCCCGGGUUAAAGCGAUUCUCCUACCUCGGCCUCCCGAGUAGCUAGAAUUACAGGCAUGCACCAUCAUGCAUAUUUGGUAUUCUUAGUAGAGACGGGGUUUCAUCAUGUUAGUCAGACUGGUCUGGAACUCCUGACCUCAGGUGAUCCACCGGCCUUGGCCUCCCUAAAUGCUGGGAUUACAGACGUGAGACACCGCACCCAGCCCAGAUCUGCAUUUUAGAAAGACCUUUUUCACUGCAGUCUGGGAGACGGUGAGGAGGCUGCAGUCAGCAGGUAGUGGGGAAGAGGAGGAUAAAGGGGCUGCUGUCCUAUUGAGCUGAGCACUGUCUGCCAGGCCCUGUUCUAAAUACGUUCCAUGUAACUUUUCAAACAACUCUUGGAGGCAUAUACCAUUAAUGCUCCCAUUUUACAGAUAAGAAAACUAAGGCUUGGCAAGAUUAAGGAACCAGGUAACACGGUAUGAAUGGCAAGAACAAAUGUAAGAACCUGCCUAUGGCUAGAUGUGGGGAUGAGGCAGAGGGAAGGAUAUGGGAGCAGUUCCACACUCUGGUGUAAGGGGGCGGUGCCACCUGGGAGACCUGAGGCCUGGAGGAGGAUGAAGGGGCUGGAGAAGAGGAAUUCAGUUUGGAAUUCCUGGGGGCCUUAGUGACAUCCAAGCAGAGAUGUCCGCUGCAGAGAGACACAUUCAUUCAAGUCUUCCAGGAGAGGCUGGCUAGAAGUAGAUUUGAGAGUGUGCGUGCACAGGGAUGUGCUUGAAGUCAUGGGCAUGGAGGAGCUUGGUCAGGGAGUGUGGGGUUGAGGAGAAGCAAGCCCUGAGGCUUAUGGGGGUAGGGAGGGAGAGCAGCUGGCAAGGGAUUAGUGAAGGGAGCAGCCAGGGGCAGGGGGAGAAGCAGGUGGGCCUUGGGGGGACUCAGGGUACAGGAGGGGUCGGGUAGAGCAGGUGGAUGUCAGCAGCAUUUCAAGCGGCAGAGACUGGGUUGAGAAGAGUCUCCUAGGACCAAAGAACAGGCAUAGCUGCUCAGGCCUUUGCGAGGGCGUUUUCCAUGGAGUGGUGGGGACAGGAUCGGGAAGCCAAGGGCUUGAGGAUCCAGUGGGCUUGAGGGGCUUGAGGAUCCAGUGAGGAGGCGGGGACAGAAUGGACAACCUGUCCACCAGUGUGGCUGUGAAGGUAGGAGGAGCAGAUGGAGGCAGGUGAGGGCUUGGUGUUGCAAAAUGCUUUUUUUUUUUUUUUGAGACAGAGAUUCACUCUUGUCGCCCAGGCUGGAGUGCAAUGGCGCGAUCUUGGCUCACUGCAACCUCUGCCUCCUGGGUUCAAGCGAUUCUCCUGCCUCAGCCUCUUGAGUAGCUCGGAUUACACGCCUGGCUAAUUUUGUAUUUUUAGUAGAGAUGGGGUUUCACCAUGUUGGUCAGGCUGGUCUUGAACUCCCAACCUCAGGUGAUCCGCCUACCUCGGCCUCCCAAAGUACUGGGAUUACAGGUGUAAGCCACUGCACCCGGCCUGUGAAAUGAUUUCUUAUAGCAUGUUCUAACAUUUCACAUGUACAACUUUGAUUUUAAUCCAUUUGUAAAGCUUCAGUCACUGACUCCUAUUGGGAACCUCCAAAGCACAGUAAAAUUUCAGCUAUCCAGGAUUCUUGGCAAAUGAGUCAUUCUGGAAAACCAACUUUUAUUUGGAUGAAAAUAUUUGAAAUAUAGGAUUUCUUUCUUUCUAAAAAAAUUUUUUAAUGAAAAUUUUCAAAUAUAUAAAAAUAGGCCAGUGUUGUGGCUCACACCUGUAAUCCCAGCACUUUGGGAAGCCAAGGCAGAAGGAUCACUUGAAGCCAGGGGUUCAAGACCAGCCUGGGCAACAAAACAAGACCCCCAUCUCUACAAAAAUAAAAAUUAAAAAAUUAGCUGGGGGCUGGGCGCUGUGGCUCAUGCCUGUAAUCCCAGCACUUUGAGAGGCUGAGGUGGACGGAUCACCUGAGGUGAGGAGUUCGAGACCAGCCUGAUCCAAAAUGGUGAAACCCUGUCUCUACUAAAAAUACAAAAAUUGGCCAGGCGCAGUGGCUCACACCUGUAAUCCCAGCACUUUGGGUGGCUGAGGCGGGUGGAUCACGAGGUCAGGAGAUCAAGACCAACCUGGCAAACACUGUGAAAUGCUGUCUCUACUAAAAAUACAAAAAAAUUAGCUGGGCGUGGUGGCAGGCGCCUAGUAGUCCUGGCUACUCUGGAGGCUGAGGCAGGAGAAUGGCAUGAACCCAGUGGGGGCAGAGCUUGCAGUGAGCGGAGAUUGUGCCACUGCACUCCAGCCUGGGCAACAGAGGGAGACUCCAUCUCAAAAAAAAAAAAAAAAAAUACAAAAAUUAGCCGGGCAUGGUGGUGGGUGCCUGUAAUCCCAGCUACUCAGGAGGCUGAGGCAGGAGAAUCGCUUGAACCUGAGAGGAGGAGGUUGCAGUCAACCGAGAUCACACCACUGCACUCCAGCCUGGGUGACAGAGUGAGACUUCGUCUCAAAAAAAAAAAAAAAAAAAAAAAAAUUAGCUAGCAAGGCACGGUAGUGUGUGCCUGUAGUCCUAGCUCCUCUACAAUCCUGCCAUUGCACUUCAGUCUGGGUGACAGUGAGACCCUGUUUCAAAAAAUAAUAAAAUAAAAGUAGAAGAUAUAAGGAACCCCUGCAUCCCGCCAUCCAGCUUCAGCACUUACCAACUCAAGGUCAAUUCUGUCUCAUCUCUACCCCACCUGCUCACCAACAAGCCCUGGAAUAUUUUGAAGCAAAUCCCCGAUGUUACAGCAAUUCAUCUGUAAAGCUUUUGUAUGUUUCUCCAAAAGACACUUUAAAAACAUAACCACAAGCCAGGCGUGGUGGCUCAUGCCUUUAUUUCCAGCUAUUCAGGAGGCAGGAGGAUCCUUUGAGCCCAGAAGUUUGAGUCCAUCCUUGGUAACAUAGGAAGACACCACCUCUCAAAAAAAAAAAAAAAAAAAAAAAGGCCAGGCGCAGUGGCUCACGCCUGUAAUCCCAACACUUUGGGAGGCCGAGUCAGGCGGAUCACGAGGUCAGAAGAUCGAGACCACCCUGGUUAACACGGUGAAAUCCCAUCUCUACUAAAAAAUACAAAAAAUUAGCCAGGCAUGGUGGCGGGCACCUGUAGUCCCAGCUACUUGGGAGGCUGAGGCAGAAGAAUGGUGUGAACCCGAGAGGCAGAGCUUGCAGUAAGCCAAGAUCGCGCCACUGCACUCCAGCCUGGGUACAGAGCGAGACUCCGUCUCAAAAAAUAAAUAAAUAAAAUAAAAUAAAAAAUAAAAAACAUAACCACAAUACCAUAUUAGUUCUCAAUUUUUUUUUUUUUUUCGAGAUGGAUUUUUGCUCUUAUCACCCAGGCUGGAGUGCAAUGGUGCAAUCUCCACUCACUACAAUCUCUGCCUCCCAGGUUCAAGUGAUUCUCCUGCCUCAGCCUCCCAAGUAGCUGGGAUUACAGGCAUGCACCACCACGCCUGGCUAAUUUUUUGUAUUUUUUUUUUAGUAGAGACAGGGUUUCACCAUGUUGGCCAGGCUGGUCUCGAACUCCUGACCUCAGGUGAUCCACCUGCCUUGGGCUCCCAAAGUGCUAAGAUUACAGGCAUGAGCCACGGUGCCCUAAAAUUUUUAACAAUUCCUCAAUAUAGUCAAAUAUCCAUUGUUCAAAAAUAUCCAUUGUUCAAAUUUCCCCAAUAUUUUUUUUUUUUUGCAGUUGGGUUAAAAUUUGGCUCCAAACAAGGUCUGCACGUUGCGUUUUUGUGCUGUCUCUAAAGACUCCCUUCUUUUUUCCAUGUAAUGCUUUUGUUGAGGAAACCAGGCUGCUUGGAAGGAUGAGCCUGGGGGAAUUCGGGAGAGGGAGAGAGGGGGCAGGGAGGAGAGAAGGAUGGGUGUCCAGAUAGAUGUGCCAUCCAUGCUGGGGGACACAGGCAGAAUGUGGAGGCCUGUCUCCCUAACUGGGAGGGGAGGCCAGGGCUGCUGAAGGGUGGAGCCCAACCCUGGGCACCCCCCUUUCCCCCCUGCCGCAUCCAACUGCUGGAAGUGAUGGGAGACAGAAAGAUGGCCUGAGUCAGGAGCAGGGGCAGAGCUCAGGUUGUGGUGGGGUCCCGCUGCCCACGUCAGACUGGAGGUGAGGGAUGGGCGGGGCCUGACAGCAGGCCUGGAAGGAACAGGAUGUCUACGCUGGAGAUGGAGGGAGAGGACAGUGCCAAAACCCAGCUCCUGGCCAGUCCCCAGCUCCUCCCUGCCUGGCCCUAUCCCAGGAUCCCCUCCCCGGCCUCCCAGCUAUGAUCUACCCCGGGGCCCAGACUUCAGGGGCCUUCACGAUGCCGGCGGUCAGUGGUCCAGGUCCCUUGUUCUGCCUUCUCCUCCUGCUCCUGGACCCCCACAGCCCUGAGACGGGGUGUCCUCCUCUACGCAGGUUUGAGUACAAGCUCAGCUUCAAAGGCCCAAGGCUGGCAUUGCCUGGGGCUGGAAUACCCUUCUGGAGCCAUCAUGGAGACGCCAUCCUGGGCCUGGAGGAAGUGCGGCUGACGCCAUCCAUGAGGAACCGGAGUGGCGCCGUGUGGAGCAGGGCCUCUGUCCCCUUCUCUGCCUGGGAAGUAGAGGUGCAGAUGAGGGUGACGGGACUGGGGCGCCGGGGAGCCCAGGGCAUGGCCCUGUGGUACACCCGGGGCAGGGGCCAUGUAGGCUCUGUCCUUGGGGGGCUGGCCUCGUGGGACGGCAUCGGGAUCUUCUUUGACUCUCUGGCAGAGGAUACUCAGGACAGUCCUGCCAUCCGUGUGCUGGCCAGCGACGGGCACAUCCCCUCUGAGCAGCCUGGGGAUGGAGCUAGCCAAGUGCUGGGCUCCUGUCAUUGGGACUUCCGGAACCGGCCACACCCCUUCAGAGCACGGAUCACCUACUGGGGGCAGAGGCUGCGCGUGUCCUUGAACAGUGGCCUCACUCACAGUGAUCCAGAUGAGUUCUGUGUGGAUGUGGGGCCCCUGCUUUUGGUCCCUGGAGGCUUCUUUGGGGUCUCAGCAGCCACCGGCACCCUGGCAGAUGAUCAUGAUGUCCUGUCCUUCCUGACCUUCAGCUUGAGUGAGCCCAGCCCAGAGGUUCCCCCUCAGCCCUUCCUGGAGAUGCAGCAGCUCCGCCUGGCGAGGCAGCUGGAAGGGCUGCGGGCAAGGCUGGGCUUGGGCACCAGGGAGGAUGUAACUCCAAAGUCAGACUCUGAAGCUCAAGGAGAAGGGGAAAGGCUCUUCGACCUGGAGGAGACACUGGGCAGACACCGUGGGAUCCUGCAGGCUCUGUGGGGUCUCUCCAAGCAGCUGGCCCAGGCUGAGAGACAAUGGAAGAAGCAGCUGGGGCCCCUAGGCCAAGCCAGGCCUGACGGAGGCUGGGCCCUGGAUGCUUCCUGCCAGAUUCCAUCCACCCCAGGGAGGGGUGGCCACCUCUCCAUGUCACUCAAUAAGGACUCUGCCAAGGUCGGUGCCCUGCUCCAUGGACAGUGGACUCUGCUCCAGGCCCUGCAAGAGAUGAGGGAUGCAGCUGUCCGCAUGGCUGCAGAAGCCCAGGUCUCCUACCUGCCUGUGGGCACUGAGCAUCAUUUCUUAGAGCUGGACCACAUCCUGGGCCUCCUGCAGGAGGAGCUUCGGGGCCCGGCGAAGGCAGUGGCCAAGGCCCCCCGCCCACCUGGCCAGCCCCCAAGGGCUUCCUCGUGCCUGCAGCCUGGCAUCUUCCUGUUCUACCUCCUCAUUCAGACUGUAGGCUUCUUCGGCUACGUGCACUUCAGGCAGGAGCUGAACAAGAGCCUUCAGGAGUGUCUGUCCACAGGCAGCCUUCCUCUGGAUCCUGCACCACACACCCCCAGGGCCCCGGGGAUUCUGAGGGCCCUGCCUCUCCCUGCCAGCAUGCCUGCCUGACCCACCUCAGAGCCUGCUUUGCAUCACUGGGAAGCAGGCAGUGUCUUGGGUGGGGGCUUGGUCAGUAUCCUCUCCGUCUGGGUGCCCAGCUCCCA